ACUCUUCAAACCUCUACGUCCGGAGCAUGCUUGAAACAAGCAUAAUAGACUGUCUCUAGUUUAAACAUCAUAAGCUGUAUAUUUUUUUCCGAAUUGAACAGCGCCAGUCUGCACUGUUGAAGAGAAUAAAUCAUGGAUAUUGAAUCAGCAUUGGAGUUGGUAGGGGCGUGGGGAAAAUAUCAAAUACGCAAUUACUUACUAUUAGGAAUAGCGACAACAGUUACCAGUGUUCAUGCUCUCAUAAAUGUCUUCCAUGCUGUUGUUCCUGAAUUCAUUUGUAGUGAACCGGGUUGGAAUAUUUCUUCAAGAGACAAAUGUACACAGCAAGUAAAUGGAUCCGAAAAUAGAUGUCGCUCAUGGAAUUAUUCCAUGGAAUAUGGAGAAAAUAUGAUAACCGAGUGGAAUUUGGUUUGUCAAAACAACUAUCUAAGAGCAACUGCCCAAUCUAUUUAUAUGACUGGAUUUCUGCUUGGAGCCUUUAUUUUUGGACAAGUUAGUGACAAGGUUGGACGUAAAAAAGGUCAUCUAUCAGCAACCAUUUUACUUUGUAUAUCGGGAACUGUGGCUGCGUUCGCUCCAGAUUAUUGGACUUUUUCUUUUGCUCGUUUAGUUGUGGGUAUUUCUACAGGAGGAACAUUAACUAUUGGAUAUGUUUGGGCACUAGAACCUAUUGGAAAGAACUAUAGAAUGCCAACAGCUAUGAUGUUUGAAUUUUUCUUUGCAUCUAGCUGUGCGUUAAUAGCCGGUUUAGCUUUUGUUGUGAAAAACUAUUGGAAAUUACAGCUUAUAACCUCAUUAGCACCAUUAGUUUUUAUUUCUUACUAUUUUCUACUUAAUGAAUCUCCGAGGUGGCUAUUAGGUGUAAACAAAGUUGACGAACUAGUUAAAACAUUUAAAGAUAUUUCAUCAAUGAACGGGAAACAAUACGAUGAUUCAGUUCUCGAAAAGUUAGUUGAAUAUCAAACACUGAAGAAUUCAGAAAAAGACCUUGACAAGGAUGAAAAAAUGGCUGAACAAGAAGUUCAAAAUUCAAAAAAUGGAUACGAAAGAAGACAUUAUGACUUUCGUGACCUAUUUAAAACUCCUAAUAUGAGGAAAAAAACAAUGAAUAUUUGUUUUCAAUGGUUUACAUGCUCUUUUACUUUUUAUGGUUUAAGUUUGGCCUCUUCUGAGAUGAAAGUUAGUCCGUAUGUAAGCGUAACUCUAACUGGUAUAAUGGAUAUGAUUGGUCCUGCUUUAGCUUGUUUGGUUCUAAAUCGAAUUGGCAGAAGGUUGUCUAUGUCCAUUUCAUUAUUAUUCUCUUCCAUCAUGUGCUUUAUGGCUAUCAUUUUACCAUCACGCUAUUUUAUAGUAAUAAUUGUUCUGGCUCAACUUGGAACUUUAGGUGGUUCAUCAGGAUUUGCAAUAUCAUAUAUGUACACUGCUGAAUUAAUGCCCACCGUUGUUCGAAAUGUAGGCGUGGGUUUCGGAUCAGUAUUUGCCAGGAUAGGCGGUUUAUUAGCACCAUUUGUUGCAAUGUUUAGUGCACGUAUUGCUUUAAUUGUCUUUGGCUCGUGUGGCUUGUUGGCAGGAAGCAUAGUCUUACUUUUACCGGAGACCCUGGGAACUAAACUGCCAGAAACCCUAGAAGAGGGAGAGGAGUUUGGAAAAGAGUAUAUAUCUCCAUGUCGUUUUCUAAGAAAACGAAAGCAGUUACAAAGUGUAUAA